CCUGCCUGGCGCAGUUAAUGGAAAGACACUGACGUCGUUCAAACAGCAAACAGAUGCUGUAGUUAUCAGCUACACAAACUACACCACUCUCCUCAAGAUGUACACCACCCUCAUCUUUCUCCUCGCAAAGCUGUUGCUUGUGGGCUGGAUGUGUGUGGUUCCUCUCCAGGGCCAGAGGCCGGGCCAGGUGGACCCCCUGACUCUGAACCAGGCCGACCCCCAGUGCUGGGAGUCCUCAUCGGGCCGCCUGCUGGAGAUGCGCUCGCCCAGGAUCGCUGACACGGUGCCAGCCUUCUGGAACCUCAUGGUGUUCCUCAAGGCGUCGGACAACAGGAAACACUCGGCGUUGUUCUGGGAUCUCGCCCAGGUCUUCUGGGACACCUACGUGGACUGCAUCCUGUCCAGGACCCACGGACUUGGGAGGCGACAGUUACCCUGGCCCCGGGAGCAGAUCACCGCUAUGCACUCGCUUAUCACUGACAAAUCCUUUGUUAAGGAUUCAAAGACGAAUUCGUCCAAGCUGAAGGAAUCCUCCCAGAGUCUGCUCAGUGUCCAGUUGCAGCGCACUGGCUCAGGCAUUCUACGUCACAUAAUCACGCAUGCCAAGGACAAGAAGAAAAUAUCCAAAAUAUAAAUAUUGUUAUACUGUUACACUUUUCUACGCAUGAUCUGUCUAUCAGUGAUAGUGAACCUGCGGGUGCUGGUUAUGUAGACCUAUUUCCACUCUUGAAUAAAAAAAAGAAAGCACAUUUAUCUGGGCCAGAG